AUGUGGAAUGAAGAGUGGAAAGAUAGUAGCUGCAAAGUAAACUCAAAAAUACAAUGUGCUAGCCUAUGCUUACAGGCUACAAGUUGCGAAGGAUUUGGCUUCUAUGAUGAAUCAUUUAAUGGAGAUAACUGUAUUAUUUUAUCCAAGAUUGACAAAUGUACUGAUUGUAAGAAAAGUGACAUUAUUAUUUAUGAGAUUGACAAAUGGAAUUUGGAAAGCAAAAACAAUUUUUCAGUUGGUAAUUGGGAUCAAUAUAUCAAUAACAAAUCAUAUGACACAGCGAUUGGAGAUUUUAAAGGUGGCAUUUUAAACAAUGAACAAGAUGCAAACAAAAUUUCAAAUAUAGAUUAUAAUAAAAUAAUUAGUUCUGGAAGACAAGGAAAUGUUAAUGAACUUACAAAUAUCGCAAAUUACGAUGCUAAUAAAGUUAUUGAGGAUAAUAAAAAUACACAAGUUGUCGAUAAUAAAAUAUCUUCAGGCACUGCGAAUGAUAUUGGUGGGAUAAUUACCGAUUCUGGAACAAAUACUGCUAGUGAUGCAGUUAAUUCUUUUGGAGGAAUUACUAACUCUGAUACAAGUGCUGCUGAUGAAUCAGUAAAAACUGCUGGGGUAAUUACUAAUUCUGCCAGUAAUAAUGUUAAUUCCGUAACUAAAACUACCAAUUCCGUUAAUAAGCUUUUAUCUAGUGGUAGUGCUUUUGGAAAAAGACGUAAAAGAGAUUGUUCUCCAAGUAUCAUUUCAUGUAAACACUCAGAAAUUCUUACUGGCAUUCGCUCAAUAUCAAGAAAUAAUUUUAACUCGUCAACUAUUAAUUCCGUUUGCAAGAAAACAGAUCUGGAGUAA